AAAGGGAAGAUAAGACUGGUUUUCUCUCACGUCGUCGUGUAAACAAUCUGUGCUGUGAAACGUUGUGCUCAUAGUAAUAUUAUGCUAGACUUUUACUUCACAGUGAAAAGGAGGGACAUCAGCCAAGGGCAACAAAAAUCCAAUAGAAAAAGGCCCAUUGAGAUGCUGGUCCCCAAAUACGGCCCAAAGCAGUAGUCAGAAAUUGAAGGAUAAGUGUCUUGAAACCUCCCCCUUGAUGGAGUUCAAGUCAUAGGAAGGUGGAGAUACAUAAGAAGAGAAAUAUCUAUGGAUGACUGCUGACAGAUCUCACAUCCAAGAGGGAAGCAAGUUGUGCAGUUAGAAAAGACCACUGCUUUUUGUAGAUCCCUUAGAGCUUAACAGAAGAAAUGAGAUCAUGAGUGAUAUUGAGGAGCAGGAGAGAAAGGCACAGCCUCUGAGAAAAAGAAAAGCUUGUGUUCAGUUUGAAGAAAUUUUUUACUCAGAUUCGUCAGAUUCGUCAGAUUGCUAUGACCCUGCUAAAGAUCUUGAGGAUGACACAUCUGAUGACUCUGUUUAUAAAAUCAAGAGGAGUGUUAAAAAGAAGAAAAAAAUGAACCAUAAUGAUGAUGAGUUAAUAUCUGAUAAUGACUCAGAGGAUGAAACCUCAAAAGGCUGUAUUCGUAAGGUCAAGAGUAAAGUUAACAAGAACGUGAAGAAAAAGACAAACAAUAAUGGUGCUCCAGAAAAAGCUAGAGGAAAGAAAUCAAAACACAGGGGAAGACAUCCACUGAAUAAGUCAGCUGUAAAGAAAAUGGAAAAAAUGAUUGAAGUUGCCCAUGAUAAAGGAAGGAAAACGGAAAAGAAAAAGAAAGGCCAGCAAGUACAGGAAAUACGUUCAGACAGAGCCCGUGUAGGUCCAUAUUCCGUUGUUGGUCAUUGGUACAUUGCAUCUGGUUUCAUGAAGGACCUGACGACUUUGUUUGAAGCUUUUGAUGAGCAGGACAGUUGGAGGUUUACUGCAUUUGCAGAAUGUUGGCAGAAAAGUCAAUUUUCCCUCAUAUACAGGGGUCGAUACAGUUUCAAAGAACUCCUGGAAUUCUCUCAAGAAAUCUGUUUAUGGACCAAGAAGUUCUUAUCUCCGAUUCACAGUCUGAAGUGGAGAGUGGGAGCACUGUAUGCACUCUAUGGACUCUUCUACAAACAUCCUUUCAGGCACUUAUACAAAAUAAGAAUGGAGAUGAAGGCAUAUGAAAAUAUGGUCAGUCUGGUAAGAAAUUUUCAUUCUAAUACAGAAAACCCAGACCCAGCAUAUAUCUUCUACAAGCUGACUGCAGAUGGCGCAUUCCAUCAUGUAGCUUCAUCAAAUGAAAUGGGAUUGCACUUCCAUUGUGCAGAACGACAGUGGGAGACCAUGAACUAUGAGAUGCAGUGGGUACUAAAGGAGCACUCUUCUGAGUCUGUCUUUCCUGAACACAAAUGUAAUAUUCAAAAGACACUCAUAGAGGAGUAUCAGAAGGUGAAGACCCAAAUAUGGGGUAAUGAUAGUAAAGAACUGGACAAGGCGAUGUCAUAUGUGCAGCCCAAUAUCUUGUCUGAAGUUCGCAGUGACUUGGCUGAGCUACAUCAGGAUGACAGUGGUCAAACAGCCACUUCCAAUCAAGCAUCAAGAGAUGUCAAUCAGAGCCAUACUUCCUCAACUGAAGUGUCAGAAAUUGGACAAAGAGUGAAUGAGAUUCGUUUGAAGGCAGCAGCAUCAUGUACCACCAACGACUUCCUUCAAAGAAAACUACUUCGAAGUCCACAGAAAAACACCAAGGCAGGAGACGUUCAACACAAUAGUGAAUCUGUUACAGGUAGUGUUAGUGAUAUAGAUGCAGAUAACCUUAAUGUUCUUGAUGAUAAGGAAAAGAUUAGGACUCUUAGGAAAAUAAUGGAAUUCAUGCAACCACCUGAAGAAGGAACUCUUAACAUUCCUCUCAGGUCUUUAAGAACUAAAAAAAAUAAAAAGGUGCAAAAUCAAAUUAAAGAAGAAAGUGAUUCUCAGUUUGAUAAUGUUUGUGAAAUUUUUGAUUCUCAAGAUGCAAAUUCGUCACCAGAAGAGCUUACAACCAGUCAGAGUCAACAGCCAUCACGGCAGAGGAGAGGCAGACGUAAGAAAACUGAUUUUGCUCAAAUGGCUUUGCAAAGUAAAAAAUCUCAUGUUAAAAACAAGCCAAGAGAAACAUCUUUGCCAAAACAAGAAAAAAGAAGCAAGAACCCAAAGAAAAGCAAUCUCAGAAACUCUUCCAAGUGUGAAUCUCAUGACAAUUCACAAAUUAAUGAGGUGAAUGAAAUUAUGGAGAGGGAAAGUGAACUAGAAAAUUUGACAGAUGAAGAGGUCAUGAUCAAUAAUACUUCUGUGAGCAAAAAACAAGUAGCAUUACAGUCACAUAUAAAAAAGAAGGUAAAUGAAAAAGUCUUACAGAAUAAACAAUGUCCACUGGAAAAUAAACAAAGUAGAUCACAAAAUACACCUAAUCAAGGUAACUUGGCAACCAAAUGCAUAAAUAAAUCCACAAAACUCAUACCUUGCAACAUUGAGGAAACAACAUCUGCUGCAGCAGACAAAGAAAACAAAAAUCUCUGUGAAAAUUUUUGUGAAUUAAAUUAUGAGCAGGAAGCAGUUGCUAAUGAACAUGUGGAUGAAGGUUUUGAUAAUCAGACAAUAGCUAGCAAAAAUGUUCAUGAGGAAUCUCUAAGUGAUGAAUCAGUGACAGCUGCAACAAACAUUCCAAAUGUUUCUGAUGACAACACAAAUUUUACUUAUAUUGAAAGUGAACAAAAUUCUGUUUCAGCUUCAGAUAUUAAUGACAUGGGAAGUAGAGAAAAUUCAACACAGAUUAACUUUAGUGAUAUGAACAAUGUUGGAAGGAUGUUGCAAGUGGAAAUAUUAGCUACUAUGCCAAAGAAGAGAAGUCUUCAGUCAACUCUCAAAGCAAAAAGUAUGGUCUACAUAUUAGUUAAUUUUCAAAUAGAUAAUGUAAAGGUACACACUGUGAAAUUCAAAAUGUCAAAAACAGAUUUGAAAAUUAUUCAGAGUAACAGAGAUAAGUUAAAUGUUUUGAAGAAAAGACUCCAUUCACUGUUGCCCUCAAAGUAUAAAAACUAUGACUUGCACUUGCAGUUAAAUAUUCAUCAGUCAGUUAUGGAGGAGACUGAAACUUCUGGGAAAAAGCAUUUCACACACAGAUUUGAACCCCUCAGAGGAGAUAAUUUUGAGCAGGAUUACAACCCACCAGAAAUAUAUAAACAAGGUUCUCAAGCUUCUGGGACACUGAAUAAAUCUGACAAUGCUGUACCUCAUGAGGAACCCAUGACAUCUUGCACACAGAAAGAAAAUGUUUCUUCAUUAAUGACUGAAGACUACAACAUUCCAUCAAGCUUGUCACCUGAAGUCAGUGAUGACAUGAAUCAUGUCAGGAAGGUAAUUCAAGUGGAAAUGGUGGCUAAUGUUGAAGAAAAUUAUGUUGGUGCUGAAAACAAAACUGAAAAUACAACUACCUUAAAUGUGAAUUUCCAGGUUGAAGGAAUUACAGUACAUCAUGCAAAAUUUCAAAUUUCUAUCAAAGAUUUGGAAACCCUUCUGAACAACAAAAAUAAGUUAGAAAGUCUAAUGGAAAAAUUUCGUUCAUUUCUUCCUCCUAGGUACAAGAUGUAUGAAAUUCAGCUCCAUUCAUCUGUUCAACAGUCAGUCACAGAGGGCAGUAUAGUUGCUUUACAGCAUUCCAGACAAGGUUCUGAUCCUCCAGCAAUCUUGCCCUAUGCUGCUGCCACACCAUUUAAAGGAAAUAAUGCUAUACUUAACAGAGAAGAAGCUUCAACAUCUCCCUCCCAGGAAAGUCUUUCAAAAAAACUUACAAAUUCUCACUCAGAAUCUUCACCAGCUCAAGUCCCACAGCUUUCCAAUGUAGGGGAAAUUAAACAGUAUCAUUCAUUGAGGCCUGCAGAUCUGGGCCAAUAUAAUACCAACACUGUAGCACAGCCAACUUGCUUAACAUUAGACACACAGUGUCUGCAAAGAACUACCGAAUCUUCUGUGAAUCUUUUAAUUAAUGAAGGAAGUCAACACCCUGAAUCUUGUACUAUACUUAGAAGUAGUAAUGAAGACAUUCAUGUGUCCAACAUUCCCCCAAAACUAAGAAGUAAUAAUGAAAUAAAUAUCUUCUCAUCUCCAAAGUGCUGUGUCAGUGAAAAUCAAAAUCCUCCUUAUGUUGCUGGUGCCUCUCUGGAAGAUAGUGACAGAGUUAUGACUCAAUACCAGAUCUUGCCAUGUGAGAUUGUACCCACAACAUAUGGGGAAAGUAAGCCUGACAGGAUGCUUAUGGAUGAACAAGUAACACCACAAGUGUACGGGAUGCAUACAGAGUGCCCAGCAAAGUUACCGGAUUUUGAAAGGCCCAUAGUAACUGCACAUGUAGAUGAUGGUUUGGAAAAUUCUGGUCAUGAUUUCAUAAAUAAUAGUUUGCAAUCCCAUAAUAGCUUUGACAUGCAUUUCAAUCCAAAUACAAAUGAGAUCAACAAAAAUGCUUCACUAUUGAAAGAAUGUACAAAUGACCUUGACACAGAAACCUGCACAAUUUUAUGGAAAACUAGAAACAGCUUAGAUACUAUGGGUGACAAGAACCACCUUCCUUCAUUACCAUUUAGUGAUUCUUCCAGUGAGUAUAUAAAGAUGAUCAGAGAGGGGCAAAGGAAGGCUGUGACUAAAACAAUGAGAAAUGUUGAUCAUGGGGAGGCCCUUUUAAGUAGCUCAAGAAGCAGUGAUACAUCCAUGAAGGACAUCAGCUUAUUGGCAUCACCAUCUCACUCUCCAUCCAGGAUCAUUUCUGGAAAUUUGAUGAAAUCUGAUAGAGCUGUAUCAAAGGCUAAUGACAAUACAGUUUGCUCAUUUUAUUUUUUCUCAAAGACAAAAAAGUAUGAUUCAUCCUUAAAGAAACAAACCAGACCUUCCUCAGAAUCUGACAUCAAGAAGCCAUCUGUUAAAUUCUUAUUCAUGGAAAAGUUAUUUUCAAAAAAGAAACAAUGAUUUGCUGCUGAAAUGUGUUGAUGUUACAUUUCAUAACUGUAACUAAAAUACUGUAUAUUUUAGCAUACAAAAAGACACCAAAAAGUGGGUCAUCCUAUAUGCCAGAUACAAAAACAAUGACCUUAAAAUAUUUUAUGCAAAAUGUCAUUGUAAAUAAACAACAUUAUAUUUUGAUUUUUGAGGAACUUAGACUUGGUAAAAAAGGAAUUCAUUGAGAAAAUGCACUGAAACAUAUUCCCAUUGAAAAGUGUGUAAACAAAAUUUAACAUAGUAUGUACAGUUAUGACCCUCUACUGGCACUAUAUGAACAGACAAAGGAGGCUGUGCAAAUAUUCCACAGUUGUUCCCAAAGCUGAAGGGUCGGUCUUCAGGGCAAGGAAAUCCAAGUCAAGUGGCAAAGGAAAGCAAACUGGGAAGAAGAUGAAUCUCUCCAGCUUGCAAUGUUGUAUAGGGACAAAGUUCAUAUACUGAGAAAAACUUGAAUAAUGUUGGUGUGUCUAAUCAAAAGAAACACAAUAUAUAGAAGAUUAUGGCUGACACUUUGACACACACAGACAGGGUUUGUUUAUGCUUAAGAAAACCAUCUUUGUCCAUUCAUCCUUUUCAUAAAAAUGUACAAAAAACACCUGGUGAGAAUUUUAUUUAAUGUUUAGUUUUACACUUGAAGAAGAUGGUACCUUAUUAGUGGUAAUACAUUCUAGGUAUUUUAUUCAGUGUACUGGUAUAUCUCUGUCUCAUUUCUGGUGCUUACUGACCUAAACUUCAUCACAGAUAUUUUGGUAGCUUGGGUGUCAUCUUUUACCACUGAUAUUCGCUAAAACCAUUGAAUUCUCACUAAAAUCUGUGGAUUAUCUUACCUGAAAGUCAUCUUAUCUACCAAAAUAUACAGUAGUCUGUCCCUUCCUUUCUGUUAAAACAAAGUUAAUAUCUUGCUGCCAAUAUAUUUCUUCAUUUCUUUUCUUGCACAAGCGGGAUGCCAUGCAAGAAGUAGUAAUUUUUGUGUCCAUAUAUAUAUAUAUAUAUAUAUAUAUAUAUAUAUAUAUAUAUAUAUAUAAGGUGUCCCAUAAGGCUCCAUACAUAUGGUAUCAUGAAUGCUAUUACAAGCAAGCAUAAAUCCAGAUAUGUUUGAACAUGUUCUUCAGCAGUGGAGGACAUAAAUUGAAAUGUGUUUUCAACACAAAGACAGUCAUGUAUAAUAUACAUAUUAUUAUCUAUAUUAUAGAUUAUAUAAAUAAUGCUUUUUUCUAUAAUUCUAUAAUUUCAUAUAAUUUUUCAUAUGUAUGAAAACUUAUGGGACACCCUGUAUAUAUGCAUACAUUUGAGUGCUUGGAUGUAAACCAUAGAAAUCUGUAAUGAAAGCUAUGUAAAGGUUAUGUUGUAAACAGUAACAUCUGUUCUUUAUCAUGCUCACCAGUAGAUUAUAAGGCAUAGUGCUAUAUUUUUCUACCAGUGACAAAGUAUAAAUGAGAUCAUAUGACAAUGUAAUUAAUAAGACAAUUUUAAAAUAUCCCAGAACUUUUAUUAGCACAUGAAAUGAAAGAAUUUUCUAUUUAGUACACAGCAUUUCUUCACAGACUGGAGGAUGUUAGUAGGUUGAGUGUCAUGGUAGUUUUCAAGUCCUCUGGACAUUUGAAUUAGAUACUGAUGGCUGGUAACCAGAGACAUGGAGGCUGGGAAGAGUGGUAACUGUAGUAAUGCUAUAUUUAUUUUCUAAGUUGGUUUACUUCUAGACAUUCUUUUAAAGCAGGCAUUAAAUAUUAGGUAAGUGAAUAGACAUCAUGAGGCACUGAGAAAAUUAAAUUCUGAGAGAAAACAUGCUACUCAUGGCCAGCCACCUAAACUAGGCUGGAGAAGCCAAAUAUGACUUCUUUACUUGCUCCUUUCCAGUAACCACUGAAUUAAUCAUAAAAGUAAGGAGUGUGCUUCUGGUGGUAUACACCUAAAAUUCCCCUCACUCUCUUAGCUGAGUUGCCUUUCUACUCUGUGUGUCUCGUAGAAUAAAAUUGCAAUGACUUUCUCUUUCUGCACACUGUACCAUCACAUCAUAGAAAACACUGUGUAAUGUAAAUGCUUUGAAAGCUAACAAACUGAGAAGGGAAAAGGCUAUGUUUAAACAAUUUGCUUAUAAGGACAGGAUAUUUUUGUUCUAAAGCUAAGAAAGUGCUUCCAAAUAACCUGGCCAUCCACUGUCACCAAUCAAUGCACUCCCAUGUCAAAUGGCAAAGAAUAUAAAAGGAAUUGUAUGUUUAUGUAUACAAUUUUUUUUACUCAGAAUGACCUGACCUUAACUGAUUUCUGAAGCUCUAAAAUAUCACAUAGCAUAUGUAACAUUUUUACUGAGCCUGCUAUUAAUAAAACUGUGGCAAAA